UAAACGGCACGUUCACGUGAAAACCGGUUUCAAGGAUACAAAAUCCGGAAUGGCUCACCAAUUUUUAAAAGUCGCAAUUUUAAUCAUUGGUAUUGCCAUCUAUGCACUUCUUUGGAACACGAUGACCCGUUUUGAUGGAUACGACGAGCUACACCGUUCAAAUCCACCAACACUUGAUGCCAGAAUUUACGACAAAGUCAGGAUUUUUUUGUUGUUCAUUGGAUACAACAGAAGCAGGCACACCUUACUUGCUUCUUUGUUAGAUGCUCAUCCACAUGUCGUUGUUGCCAAUGACUUUAACAUCUUAAAGCAGUGGAUUACCAUGCCUGAAAUAUUUGACAGGAAAAAGUAUUUUAUUUAUGAGCUGAUUUACGCCAAAUCACGCUAUGAUGUGAUGUAUGGUGUUCGCUCUCGGUUGGUAAACGGAGGCCCAGUACAGUAUCAUUACAACGUGGAGGGUCAGUGGCAAGGACAGAUCAAUGAGGGUGUACAGGUGAUAGGAGAUAAGAAAGCAGCUCAGGCUUCAAAAAUUUUGCUCCAAAGUGAAGGAAGAGAGCAUCUUCGAGAUUUAGAGCGCAAACUUGGCACAAAGCUUAAAUUCAUUCACGUUGUGCGUAAUCCUUUCGAUAACAUUGCAACUUUAGCGCUUCGCAAGGCGAAACUCAAGAAAAACGAAGUCCAAGACAACCUUGAGUGUGAUUGUCACGAGGAGCUUGAUGAUGCCAUAGCGGAAUACAGUACCCAAGUGAAGGGAAGUUCGCAAGUCAAGAAGAACUUUCCAGGUCGUGUACUCGACGUGCACGGUAUGGAUUUGAUGGAAAACCCGCGUGAAACCCUCAUGAAAAUUUGUGACUUCUUGGAAAUCACGUGCACCGAGAAAUACUUAGAGGACUGUGUUUCAAUUGUGAGCCCCGUCCCCUCUAAAACUCGCCAGUUCGUUAAGUGGACUGAAAAACAACUAAAAAGAGUUCAGAUGUUGAUUAAAAAUCAUUCAUUUCUUCAAUCAUAUUCAUUUGAAAAUUAAAAGAUCUUCAAAAUGUUUCCAUUUUUUUGGUGCAAAAAAAAACAAGUUCAUUUAGACAUAGUUUGAUGCUACUCUGGUUUGCAUAUUUAAUGAAUGUAACCGAAGAAGUUACAAUUCAUAGGCCCAACGUUUCGACACUCCUGUCUAGUGCCUUCAUCAGGGGUGAUCCAAACGCUGCAACAAGAGGUCCUUUUAUAUUAUCACUAAUUAGCGGCCUUUUUUCUGACGAGGUGUAAAUAGGCGUCAGGAAGCAAACCGCCAUCGUCGCGAUUUAAAGGAGCGUGGGCGGAGUUAAUAUGCCAAGCCUCCAAACAAAGGCGCUGGUGGUAACGCCGAUUAGUGGUGAUAAUUUUAGAAUUAUCCCACCCAAUUGUAUGGUUAGUUAGGCAUGUGUGCUCUGAUAAAGCUGAAUUUUCAGAGUAGCAUCAAAAGUACCCUCCACCUGGGUACUGUAUCACCAGAGUAGCAUCAAAAUAAACCAUGUCUGAUUGUCCACCUGGUUGCCGUGUGAACUUUAAUAUAUGUUCAUUUAGGUUACGAAACUACCAUCCUUAAAAGACUUGAUAGGAAAUAAAGAGAAAAAUAAGGAAAAAAAAAAGCAACACAGCGUUGGAACUUCGAAAAUAGAAACUUCUUUUGUAUCAACAACUGUUUAUCACGCAAGAAAGAAUGGAAGAAUGGAAAAUGAACCAAAAUAAACAUGUCACACAUGUGGUGACUAGUUAUAAAGUAAUUUACGCAACAGCAUGUUCUCAUAUAAAUCUUAGAACUGA